CCCUCUAUAUGCUGACGGUUACCAUGGCUGCUCUAUGGGUUAUCCUGGUGCUUAUUCUCUUGCUCUUACCGAUCUUUGACUGCGGCUUCCUGCCGGCGCUCUGCGGGGUGGCGGCGGUGGCUUGUGCGCUUUUGGCGGCCCGGGCUCGUGCCGGGCCCGGUGCUCUGGUUGGGCCCGAGGCCGGCCGCCGGGUGUGUGUGCUGGUGCUCGGGGAUGUGGGCCGCAGUCCGCGGAUGGUGAACCACACACUGUCCCUGGCCAGGAACGGCUUCAGGGUGACUCUGCUUGGAUAUCCCGGUGCGAAACUUCAUCGAGGUGUUUUAAAUAAUGAUAAGAUUAACAUUGUCUACAUAACAGAGGUCAUGACGGGAAUGAAAUUUGGACCAAAGAUUUUCCAGUAUGUGAUCAAGAUCUUUGUGCAGACUUUACAGAUAUGCUACAUCCUAUUAAAGAUUGAUGCACCUUCAUACAUGAUCCUGCAGAAUCCACCAGGCCUUCCUGCUAUUGCAACUACAUGGGCAGUAUGUUUGCUAAAAGGAAGUAAAUUUAUUAUUGACUGGCACAAUUAUGGUUACACCAUUAUGAGCUUGACACAUGGAGAUCAUCAUCCCAUUGUGCUGAUUGCCAAACGAGUUAUUUACUUCUGUUGGGACCACCCAAAAGUAUGCCGUAGUUCUCUGGGAAUUACUUUAAUUCUCCUCAGUUCCAACUAUUCUCAGAGGUAUGAACAAUUUUUUGGAAAACUCUCUGAUUCAAAUCUAUGUGUCACUGAAGCUAUGAAAGAAGAUUUGAGAGUGAACUGGAAUAUCAAGGCAAUUACGUUAUACGACCGUCCAUCCCCCAUUUUUAGAGAAACUCCUCUAGAAUUGCAACAUGAACUGUUUAAGAAGCUUGCUAAUGAUUUUGCCCCAUUUAAAGGAAGGAGUGAAUCCGUGCAUUCUGAUUUGGAACAGACGGCCUUUACAGAACUGAAUAUUAGCACUGGCAAUGUCACCCGUAUCCAAGGAAGACCUGCAUUACUACUUAGCAGUACUAGCUGGACAGAGGAUGAAGAUUUCUCCAUUCUGUUGAAAGCCUUGGAAGUGUAUGAAAGCUUCAUAACCAAUGGUAUAACCUUACCAUCCCUUGUUUGUGCCAUUACAGGGAAAGGUCCACAACAGGAAUUCUAUAAUCGUCUCAUUGAGAAAAUGCAUUUUAAAUAUGUUCAUAUUUGCACUUUGUGGCUUGAAGCUGAAGAUUAUCCAGUGCUGCUAGGUUCUGGUGAUCUAGGAGUUUGUCUUCACAAAUCAACCAGUGGGUUAGAUUUGCCUAUGAAGGUGGUAGACAUGUUUGGUUGCUGUUUGCCUGUAUGUGCAGUUGAUUUCCAGUGUUUGCAUGAACUUGUGAAACAUGAAGAAAAUGGUUUAAUAUUUAAAAAUUCCCAGGAACUGGCUGUGCAACUGAAGACAACUGGAGAGCUGACACAGACUGUAAACAAUCUGCAGUAUAAGCUUCUCUUUACAGACUUCCAGAAUGAAAAAAAUACACUUGGCAUAUUUAAAAGGAACCUGAAGGAAUCUAAGAUGGUUCAAUGGGAUGAGAAUUGGGAUGAAAUAGUACUUCCUCUCCUGGCAGCAAGUAACUGAAAUCUGGAACUGCUGUUUUGGGAUGAGAGAGCAUUCUUGACCAUCGAGUCUGUUUGUUAUUGUCUACAUGUGGCAGGAUCAUGGAACGCUGUGGACCAGAAUCUUCUGUUCAGUAUAAACCCAGAGUAUAAGUGCUGAUCACAGUAUUAAUGCUGGGUAUUCUCUCAGUAGACCAAUAAACACCAGCUAAUUUCUGGAUUACAAAUGUUGGUGUAUAAAUGUAAUCACUUACAAAGCAGCAGGGUUUUAAGGUUAAAUUUUCUUGAAGCUGCAUAAGGAUUGAAGUGUGCUUUUUAAGGGGGAAUGACUCAUUGUUUGAACCAUUUUUAAAAAUUGAUUUGUCAAUCCUGGUAACUAUAUCCAAAGUUUUAAAUGUCAUAGUCGUUUACAGCGUAGAGGCCCAUUGAUUCCAUGCCAGCUCUCCACAGAGGAAUCUAGUCAGACCCUCUCCCCAGCUUGAUCCUCGCAGUCCAGCAGCUUUACUUCCUUCAAGCGCCCAUCCAAUUUCCUGUUGAAAUCAUUGAUUGUUUCUGCUUCCACCACUCUUGUGGGCAACGAGUUCCAGGUCAUUACACCUCACUGUGUAAACAGUUCUUCCUCCCAUUCCCCCUGCAUCUCUUGCCCAAAAUCUUAAAGGUAUCCUUUAGUCCUUGUACUAUCAGCUAAUGGGAACAGUUUUUCAUUGUUUCUCUUAUCCAAACCUGUCAUUAUCUCAUAACCUUAGAACAACCAGCUUUUCGACCUAAUCUUGUAAAUAAAAGCCCCCAUCCCUCGAACCAUUCUAAUGAGUCUCAUCUGCAACCUCUCCAGGCCCCUUGAUCCUUCUGAAAUGUGCUGAGCAGAACUGGAUGCAGUACUGUAGUCACUGCCCAAAUUUCCUGCUUUAGUACUCCAUGCCUCCAAAUGUCCUACCGCCUUCAACGAUCUAAGCACAUGCAUCCCUAGGUUCCUCUGUUCCUGCACACACUUUACAUCUGUACCAUUAAGUCUGUAUUGACUCCCCCUUUCCUUUCUACCAAAAUGCAACAUCUUACACUUCUCUGUAUUAAAUUCCAUCUGCCACUUGUCUGCACAUUCUAUUAUGUUGCAGUUGGUUGGUAUCAUCUCACUGUUUGUCACUCCUCCAAGUUUGGUAACAUCGGUAAAUUUUGAAAUUUUACUCUGCAUUCCAAGAUUUAAAUCAUCUAUAUAUAGCAAAAAAAAGUAACCCUAGUGCUGACUCUUGAGGAACACCACUACCAUCCUCCAGUAUGAAAAUGACCAUUUACUAUUACUUGCUGUUUUCUGUCCUUAAGCCAAUUUUUUUUAUCCAAUUGGGCACUGAACCUCCUAUUCUGAGUCUCAGUUGAAUUAACCAGACUUUCAUGUCAUACUUUGUCAAACGCUUUCUUAAAAUCCAUACAGACAACAUCCACCGCAUUCCCUUUGAUCAAGCUUCUCUGUACUUCAUCAAAAAAUUCAAUGCGAUUAGACAAACACUAUCUGCCUUUUGCAAAUCUAUGUUGGCUUUCUUUAAUUAACUCAAACCUCUCCAAGUACUAUUGAUUUUUUUCCCUGGUUAUUGUUUCUAAAACCUUACUCGCUUAUAAUGUUAAACUAAUUGGCCUGUAGUUGCUAGGACUGCCUCUUUGUUGAAUAAGCGUGUCAUGUUUACCAUUUUCCAAUCUUCUGGCACCUCCCCUAAUAUAGUAAAGAUUGGACGAUUAAAGCAAGCCCUUCCACUAUCUCCAUCCCCAAAUUCCUUCAGCAACCUGGGAUGCAAUCCAUCUGGACCAAGUGACUUUCCUAACCACAAACAGCCUUUCCAGUACCACCUUCCUCUCAAUUUUCAUUCUAUCCAUUGCUUCUACUCUGUCCUUCUACCAAUAUUUUGUCAGAUUCCUCUUCCUUAGAAAAUACUGUACAAAGUUAUCAAGUAUUCUAGCCUUGUCCUCCGCCUCUGAACAUAUAUCACCUCCUUUGUUCCUAAUGGAAACCACUCUUACUACCUGCUUACUAUUUACAUGCUGGUAGAAGAUUUUUGGGUUCCCUUUUAUGUUGGCUGCCAUUCUAUUCUGAUACUCUCUCUGUCAAUCUUAUUUUCAUCUUCCCCUCCCCAUCUCAACCUAUUGUAUUUAACCUGAUCCCCACUUGAAGGAUUCACCUGACAUACAUAAUACACCUCUUUUUGUCUCAUCAUACUGUCUAUCUCCCUCAUCAAACAAGGAGGCCUGUUUUUGGUUCCCCUACCUUUCAUUCUUGUUGGAAUGUGUUCUGCUACAGUUCUUCCUGUUACAACACAAAAACAAGAAUACCUGGAAAAACUCAGCAGGUCUGACAGCAUCUGCGGACAGGAACACAGUUAACGUUUCGAGUCCGUAUGACUCUUCGAGUUCUGUUAAGUAGUAUGUCAUAAAUGAUCAGCUGUCCUUUUUUGCUAACAGGCAGCUUGAUGUUCAUUCUUGAUCAUGCACAACUUAGAAUUAUCAGAAAGCCCUCUGUCAUUGGUAUUAACAUGCACAACAACUGGUUCACUCCCUUCCCCUGCACAGUAUUUUGUAUCCUCACUAUGAUGUCAUUUACCUGGCACCAGGCAGGCAACACACCAUGCAGGGCUUUCAAUCAGGGGUACAAAAAUGUCAGUCUGUCCCCCUGAUUAUGGAAUCUUCUAUAAAAACAGCAUAUCUACUCUGCUGUACCCUCCUGUGCAGUCCAUUGCCAGAGUUCAGACUGCACUGCUCCAAUACUGAGUACCUCUUUGAGAGUAUACUCUUAUUAAUUCAAUUACUGUUAUACUAACCCUGGUUGAAAGUUUUAAUUUCCCGGCUCCUAAUUUUAACAAAUGCCGUGGUUUAGAGAAAGAAAAGGGAAAAAUAUUCGCCAAUUAAUCACUUAUGUCUUCCUUUUGACAUUAGUUUGAUUUGCUUUAAAACACGGUCAGUUGGUUUUGAAUCCAUCCAACUCCCUGGCUUCCCUCCUCCAUAUUCCCCCUCCCCAUCCUACUUUUUUCCAUGUUCACUGGUUUCCGCAAGAAUUUACGCCAUCUUUGUGGUAAAUUUGAAAAUAAGUGAUGUUUCCAGUUUACAUUUACUGGUAAUUUGAUUACGUGAACACCAAGUUCUGCAAAACUUAUUUUAGUAAGAUAUUAUUUUGUAAUAACUGGUGGAAUAUCAGUGGUUAUUUAGGUCACUGCUAAACCUCAGGCUGGUCUAAAAGGACUACAGCAUAUUUGUAAACAAUUACUAAACUUUGUCAAAUUUAAAAAUAAUUAUUUCAUUUAUUUGAACUAUCAUGUCGUAAAGCACUAUUGCAAAAGGUUAACGGCAGGAAUUCCCCACGCAGCCACCCUAUAAUUUUUGCUGAAGAGUCAUACAGACUCGAAAUGUUAACCCUGUCUUUCUCUCCACAGAUGCUGUCCGACCUGCUGAGAUUUUCCAGCAAUUUUUGUUUUUGUCUCAGAUUUCCAGCAUCCACAGUAUUUUGCUUUUAUACUUAUAAUCUUUGCUACUGGAAGGCGGGAGUUUGAGCAGCAGGAGGAGGGAAAGCAGAGGUUAUUCCAGGUUGUGGCCAUCUAUACCUAAUAGGUACAAAAAGCUCUAGCAGUGCCCUGAGAACAGAAUACCUGCCACUCCACAUUAUUUUUCCACACUAUUGUCAGAGAAACUUGAAAAAAUUAGACAUUUGACCAUUUGGGAUAUGAACAUAACUCAUUUAAUUCUCAUGGCGUUUAAUUUUUCUUCAGGAAUGUCAAAGAUGAUGGGCAAACGCUUAAGUUUCAUGAUGUAUUUUAAGAAGCUCUAUUUUUGUGCAUCUGUUGUAAGGAAACACCUUUCUGGUAGGGCCUGUGAUCACCUGGUGUCCAAUUCCAACUCUGUCUAUUUUGGAAAGAAAAAACAAGCCUUUUAUUAAUAUGCUGUCUUACAAACGCAAAAAUAAAGCUUUAUUUUUCUUUA